UUCUAUCCAAAGCUUCGUGAAUGCAACAGAAGUCCCAUGCGAGCUGUGAAGUGGGACGUUACGGGAGUUACUUGAAAGCAGCAUUAGGUCUGAUUGACGUGUGUGUCCCGGGGCAAACGUCACGAGUCUGAAAUCCUCCAUGGAGCAGUCCGGACAGGAGGAGUGGAAGAGAUUUAAAUCAUUGGGGUUACACAAAGAAAAAAAAGUCUGGCUGGUCGUAAUGUUUGAACAUUAUAGCUACAGUUAGUUGCACUCCGAGGAGACGAAGGGGACCAGCAGCAGCAGGUGCAUGUGGAUGGCGAUUAAAAAAAACCUCAAGGCAAAUUCCACUCUCUCCAUACGGCUUGAACAUCAGCGGAUCGAUAAAAUAUUUGGAGAAUUGGACUAAAACUUGUUUCCGUUUCGGGGGAAAAAAGCUUAAGGAUUCUUUUCACGGCUUUCCCUCUUCGAGAAUAGCACGUUAAUCCCAGGAGGAGAAAAAGGCAGCAGCGUCUCGUCUCCUCACGCAAACAUGGAGAAAGUGAACGCUAACUUACCUCAACUUUAAACUGUGACUCCGACCUGUUUGUUGGUAAACUUGUGCUUUGUUUUGGGAGAACAACAACACGGGGGGUACAUGGUGAGACUGUAGCACGGAUUUCCAGGAUAUCACCGGGGCAGAAGAGGCGAUGGAGAAGAACAACAAGGCGACAAACCACCGGACCCGCUCCGCCGUCGACGGUAGAGCUAAAGACAGGGUGGACAGGGUGGAUCCAUAUGGCUUUGAGCGCUCAGAGGACUUUGAUUAUGAGUCCUAUGAGGAGCUCAUGUCUGAGUAUCUAGUUGUGCUCACUCGACGGACCAUCAAGUGGUCCAAACUACUAAAGGGCAAAGGCAAGGUGCAGAAGAAUGUUAAAUUAAAACGUUACGUGCGUAAGGGGAUUCCCAAUGAGCACAGGGCUCUGAUCUGGAUGGCAGCCAGCGGGGCUCAAGACCAGUUAGAGAAGAACCCAGGAUACUACCAGUCCCUUCUCGGAGCCCAGCACGACCCCAAACUGGCAGAGACCAUCUGCACAGACUUGAACAGAACAUUUCCAGACAACAUCCUGUUCCGUAAGACAUCCAGCCCAUGUCUGCAGAAAGCUUUGAACAAUGUGCUGCUGGCGUAUGGUCACCACAACCAAGCGGUGGGCUACUGCCAGGGGAUGAACUUCAUAGCUGGGUAUCUACUUAUCAUCACAAAGGAUGAAGAGAAAUCCUUCUGGCUGAUGGAUGCACUACUCAGCAGAAUUUUACCAGACUACUACAGUCCAGCCAUGCUGGGGCUGAAGACGGACCAGGAGGUGUUAGGGGAGCUUGUGAAAAUGAAAAUCCCCAGAGUCUGGCAGACCAUGGUGGAUCAUAAUGUCAUGUGGACCCUGGUGGUCUCCCGAUGGUUCAUCUGUCUCUACAUAGACAUCUUGCCAGUAGAGACAGUUUUGCGGAUUUGGGAUUGCCUGUUCUACGAGGGCUCGAAAAUCUUGUUCCGCGUGGCUCUGACACUGAUCCACCACAACCAGGCUCUGAUUCAACAGGCCCAGUCACUGCCAGACGUCUGCCAAAACUUCAAGCAGAUCACUCAUGGACCAUUUGUUGACGAAUGCCACACUUUCAUGCAGAAAAUCUUCACUGAACCAGGAAGUCUCCCCAUGGCAACGUUGACUAAGCUGCGGGCAACAUGUCGAUCUCGCAUAAUCGCAGAAGAGUCAUGACCCAAACUGACCCACCUGUUGUUCAAACUGAAUACACAUUCCACUGGGAGGAACUGCUCGUUUGCACUUUUUUUUAAAAAACUGACUUCAAGUCACAAUACCUACUCCAUGUAAUUUUUGUCUUAAUCACACAUUGAGACAGCCAUAUAACCUAAAUGUAAAUGAAUGAUCAUGUGAGAAUAUUUUUAGUUAUGUGCUGUAUGGGCUGACGAUUCCAUUUGAAAUCAACAUAUGUUAUUUUAAGUGACUUUUUUUUUGUUAAAAUGUGGAUUUAUGCACUUUACUCCAAUGAAGAAACAAUGAAGUCAAGAAUUUGGCAGCAAACGCCAAGAUCAGAUAAAUUAUGUGUUGCACAUUGUAAACACAGCCAAGAGGAACCUGCCUACUGUAUUUCACACUGUCGUCUCAGUAAUGAAUGUUAUAAAGACUAAUAACUAAUUUUGUUGACCAUAUACGAUAAACUAUGCUGGCGGAACAUGCCUUGUUAAUCCAAUGUCAAUUAUAUUGAUUUCAUGACAGAAACAACUUUAAACAAUUCAGUAUAUGAUGCAGUUGAUUUAAAUGCACUAUGGUGAAGCAAUAUAAGCACAACUGAAAGGGCUCUGCUCUCUUUUUCUAACAGUGGUGUGUACAGUUCA